CACAUUCCCACCAACAGCAUCUAUAAAGACCCCAGGCUUGUGGAGUUCACAUCUCUCCUGGCUUUUCUUGUUGCAACCAUGGCCAUGCUAAGAGUGUCUUCAUACCGUAAGCUGUUUGAGGAGCAGGAGUGGAGGCGGUCCGCGGGACGCUGUGGAUUCCAGGCCCGCUCUGCUCUCAGGGCUGAUGUUUCAGCGAGAGAAUGCUCCGAGCCAGAUUUUGCUGCAUUCCGAACUCUAAACAAGGAGGGCGCGGCUCGGUUUGUAAGCGAGCGCUCCAUCAUCGCCACGCUUAAUGAUCGACUGGCUGUCCUUAUCGAUGUGGUUCACAGUCUGGAGGAGGAGAACGAGUCUCUGGAGGCUCAGAUCAUCAGGCUGGAGUCUGAGUCGAGCUCUACAGCUGUCAGCAUCAGGGGCCCUGCGGACUACAGUUUAGAAGCUGUGAUAGAGAGACUGCGCAGAGAAAAUGAGGCGAUUUUAUGUGACGCAGAAGAGUUGAACGGCGAGCUGCAGCGUCUGCAGAUGAAAUACGAUGAGGUGGUAGAGCAAAGGACUCUCUUGCAGUUGGAACGGGGAGAUGUUUCAGUGGAGGUGGAUGCAAUUACCACUGACUGCCUGGCCCUUCAAGAGCAAGUGGCCAUCUAUGAGGAGCAGCUGGCCGCUAUGGAGAGGCAGCACGAAACGAGGGUGGAGAACCUGAGGGAGCACAGGCCUGUGGAUGAAAGUUACCCAAUGGUAUCAUUGCAGUUCCCCGCUGUUGAUAUCACUCCUACUAUCUCGGACAUCAAGGAGUAUUACAGCGAGCUGGCGAAGAGCCUAAAGUUUGAAUCCAGAGCCGUGAGGGCCGUGGCCGCUGAUGCUGUCGGAAUGGGAAAGCUGGCUAAGCCGACUGGAGGAAAAGUAAAGGACGUCUCUAAAGAGACGGACGUGAACGUUCUCAAGGACCUGAUUGCAGAGCUGCAAAAAGAGUUGGCUGAGCUUGAGAUGCGUGGAGACGAACUGGAGGCUGAAGUUGAGGCCAGGAGAGCCAAAUACCUGGAGGAAAUAGAUGAGCUGGAGAAUUACAUUUGCCAGCUGGAAGAAGAAGAGGCUGAUCUUAAUCUCCAAAUGAAGGAACAGUGUGAAGACAAUGAAGAGCUGCUGAAUCAGAAGAUGGCUCUGGACAUAGAGAUCGCUGCUUACAGGGGUAUGGUGGAAGAAGAAGAAGAAUGGAGACUGAACUGCCUGUGAGACGUAAGAAGAGGUGAGAGAUGAGACGUAGAUGCUCACCUCAGACCGAAAUAAAGAAACGCUAAAAUCGCACGCAAUACAACCCUUAACCGUGAGCCACACAAAUCAGAAAAGAAAAGAAAACAGCUGUUGGAAGCACUUGACCUUCUGAGCAGAUGUAAACCUUCACUGACAGAUAAGCAUCUGGGAGUUCGGGCAGGCUCAUUGAUAACGGGUCACUGACGGGUAACCUGAGGUCUUCAAGCGUCAGUCCUGUGCACGGAAGAAAGUGUUAGUGCUGGGAAUGUGAGAGAUGGGGUUGGAAUUUUUUAGCACUUUUACUUUGGUUUUCCUAGUGCUUAUAGGCCUGUCACUGACACACAUGCAUAUAUAAACACACAAUCUGUCACAUGUAUACAUACACGCAUAAACUCAGACUCUCUCCAUGUGUGGCUCGGUUGAAUCCUUCCCUCUUUGAGUCUUAUCGCUCUCUGUUACAGAUAAGCACAGAUUUCAGCUGUUUAACUCUACAUUUUCAUUUAGUAGUUGGAAUUGCAUUUUUUGGCAGAGCUUACUGACAGUUGUUGCAAUUUAAAUAAAUCUUUGCAUUUGAAAAUCAUUUUUUACUGUCUUUCACGCCAUAUUCGCCACUUUUCGUGGGAGGUUUUCUGCUGAGACUUGAAAGCAACCGCAAUCGUCCUUCUGUCAGCCGGGUGUCAUAUCAUUUCACCACCUUUAAAAGUCUUGCAUUGAGUGUGUGGAAUUUUAGUUUUGAAGUGGAAUUUUACCCAGAGUGCAUUUCAGUCCUCAUAUGUGAGCACUCUGUGCUAAUAACCCUAUCUGUUCCUUUAAGAUGAAACAGUGCAGAUAGUAAUAGAUUACGAAAGAUUAUCAGGGACCAGUGCAUUCCUGUUGAAGCUCAUCCGUAAGGGCCGUGGUGUGGCUGAACUGACCUGUGCAGCCACGCUGACUCUCUUAAUUCUGUGGAUAUAAAACAUGGGCAGCACAAGAGGAAGUCACUCUGUCUUUGGGGCCCUUAUUUUCACUACUAAGGUACUUAGUCAUUCUUGCUGCCCAAGGGCACCAGAUCACCCUGAACCUCCCCCUCUUGAAGCACACACACACACACACACACAACCUUAAGGUUUUUGGGUGAUUCUGAGGAAGUAUGGGACCCUGGGCCUGGCCUGCUGGCCUGUGGGGUUUUGGGUUAGCUUCUGGCCCUUCCUGAGGUUUGACAAUGGAAGAGUGCAGGGAGGAACUGAUAUCAGAAAAAGGGGAUCAAAAGGUCAGUCGGGAUACUUAUAGCUUGAUGCGCAUUGUUUUUCUCCAAUGUCUUGGCUGUUUUUCCAGCUUGUUUUUAUCUGUAAUGUGAUUAAUAUUCUGUUCCCAUUAUUUGCUAACUUGUUUGGCGCAUUAUGAUGUAGCACAGAUUAAAUUGGAUCAAUUAAAACU